UAUUCUUCUGCUUUUCCUUUAAUAACUGCAGUAGCUAUGGCGUUUCUGAUUUGAUUUUCAUAUGCUUUUUUCAAGAAUCCCAAGUCAUAAGAAAAAGUGGAAUAAACUCGCCUGUUGACCAUAUUCCUGAAGCAAUCAAGAUAACUACAUGGAGUGAAGAGGAUUUUGCAAUAAUAAAUUAGUGAUCUUGUCCUCAAAGUUCAUUGUUUUCCCUUAUGGAUCGACUUAGUGAGCUGCCUGAAUGGAUACUGCUUCACAUCCUUUCAUUCCUGACCAUGAAAGAUGUUGUCAGAACAGCCAUUCUCUCCAAACGCUGGCGGCACCUGUGGACUAUUAUCCAGGAGCUUGAUUUUAGUCUUGACGGUUCCUAUCAGAAUUUUGUGUACUUCGUGAAUCGGACCUUACUUUCUCGUGGCACUUCUAAGAUCAGAAGACUUAGAAUUCGUCUCUUUUUGGAUGCUAGCUCUCAUAAAGACUAUGAUGGAUGGAUUAUGUAUGCUGCUAAGAAUAAUGUCGAAGAGCUCUUUCUAGAUUUUGAUUCAGGCGGUUGCACAUGGUCGCCACGUGAGUGUGUGUAUUGCAAUUCGUCGCUCAAGACAUUGAGGAUGCAUAGCUGCUGGUUUAUACGUGAUAAGCAGAUAAGCUGGAACUUGUUGACACAGUUAACCCUCCGGGUCUCGGUGUUGUGUGAUGAAACCAUUGCUAAGAUUAUGGCGGGUGCUCCAAAACUGGAAUUCUUUGAGUUGUAUGCGUGCUGUAGCUAUGAUGAUCUGAAUUUUGAUUCUCCUUCUUUAAGAGUGCUGGAUGUACAUGAGGCUGAACCAGAUGAGUAUGAACUUGGUCCCGUCAUGACAAUUUCAGCCCCCAAUGUGCAGUCUCUGCACCUGUCAGGAGCUUUUUAUAAAAAGUGCGUUUUGAUGAAUGUGCCAUCCGUUGUUCAUGCCACCCUCAAUUUCCGUCCAUUAACUUAUUCCGAUACACAAAAGAACUUGAAAUGGCAGCAGGAAAACCUAAUGGAGUUAGUUAGGAGCCUUAAACAUGUUGAGAGCUUAACUUUGGGCACUUGGUGCGUUGAGGUUCUAGCACUAAGGGAGAAGAGACGGAUUCCAUCUCAGAUUUCAACUCACAAAUGUGUCACAUUAAGUAUACCUAUGAAGGAAGACCAUCUUUUGGGGAUAGUUAACCUGCUAAAAGGUUCACCAGGCCUACAGAUGCUAAUAAUAGACAUGGGAUCUAACCUUAGCCUGCUAAAAGCUUCAUCAGACCUACAGAGGCUAAUGCUAUUAUGGGAAGAGCCAAUCGGCACGGAAGACUUGAGCAAUUCUAAUGGCGCAAACUACUUAGUAUCACAAGCAAAGCACAUCAAAUGUUUACUGAAUCAUUUGAAGACAGUCAAGAUUACCCAAUUUGUGGCACAACACUCCGUGUUUCCAUUUCUGGAGUUCAUUUUGAAGAACGGGAGGGUACUAGAGAAUCUCGUAAUCAUAGCUAAAAGGGGGGUAGAUGCAAAUUCACCAGAGUCCUUGCUAAAAGUAGCUCAGAGGUUACUAAGUCUGCCUAGGGCUUCUUCCCAGGCAGUCGUUACGCUCCUCAACUGACAACGUUAAGUCAUUUAGUACUCUGAUUGAAUUAUAUACAUCGGCUGUAUGGAUUGCGUUUUAUUUCUGCAAGGUCAGACAUAUUGAAUGGUUCAAACAUGCUAUUGUAAGAUGAACUUUUGCAACUUCGUGAAGGUAAAUGUUGCUUUUGUUGAAA